GCCUUUUCACUUCUAACGUUUGACAGAUUAGCGUUCAAGGAAAUGCUAUCAAAGUGUGUAAGAAUCUCACUAACAAACUAGAAUCGUAAGUGACUGAAAAUGUAUACUGUUUUUUUUUCUGUCCUAUUACAUAAAUUUUAAGUUAGAAAUGAAAAAAAUUACCAUCGCCAUGGAGUUUUAAAUUAGGAUUAGGAAGGAUCUAAGUUUGGAUUCCACAAGUAAACUGGAAAUGUUUUGUUAUUUUUCAAAAGUUAAAAAAUAAAUUUCUCAUUACUAAUGCUUGGACAUUACAAAUUCUACAGAAAAUAAAUUCUACUGAAAAUGAUCAGAGAUAAGAAAACUUUUGAUAACACAACCUGGCCUCCAAGGCAUAAACUGGUGUAAAAACAGUCCUCAAUUCUCAGGCAUUUGUAAGGGCAAGAGAAAGUCUCAUUUUGUCAUACAGUUUGUUUAUUUGGGCACUGCAGUACAUCUGGCUGAAGACAAUCAACAGCAGGCCUAUUAUCUGUUCCGUGAUUACCAGUAUGCCCACGGACAUGGAACACACAGGACAUUACCUACAUCUUGCCUUUCUGAUGACAACAGUUUUUUCUUUGUCUCCUGGAACAAAAGCAAACUAUACCCAUCUGUGGGCUAACAGUACUUCUUCCUGGGAUUCAGUUAUUCAAAACAAGACAGACAGAAACCAAAAUGAAAACAUUAACACAAACCCUGUAACUCCUGAAGUAGAUUAUAAAGGCAAUUCUACAAACAUGCCUGAAACAUCUCACGUCGUAUCUUUAACUUCUAAAUUUGAACAGGAGCUUUAUAUACCUUCUGUCGUCAGCAACAGUCCUUCAACAGUACACAGCAUUGAAAACACAAGCAAAAGUCAUGGUGAAAUUUUCAAAAAGGAUGUCUGUGCGGAAAACAACAACAACAUGGCUAUGCUAAUUUGCUUAGUUAUAAUUGCAGUGCUUUUUCUUAUCUGUACCUUUCUAUUUUUAUCAACUGUGGUUUUGGCAAACAAAGUCUCUUCUCUCAGACGAUCAAAACAAGUAGGCAAGCGUCAACCUAGAAGCAAUGGCGAUUUUCUGGCAAGUGGUCUAUGGCCCGCUGAAUCAGACACUUGGAAAAGAACAAAACAGCUCACAGGACCCAACCUAGUGAUGCAAUCUACUGGAGUGCUCACAGCUACAAGGGAAAGAAAAGAUGAAGAAGGAACUGAAAAACUUACUAACAAACAGAUGGGUUAGUGAAGAAAAAUGCAAAGUAGCAAUGAGAAGGGUUAUGGAGUAAAAAUGAAGUCAGUUGGUAUUUAAUCCCAAAGUGUUGUUCUGAUGAUCUAAAAUUUGACAUGGUAGACGUUGCAAUUUAGAAUCAAGCAGGUGAGACAGGUAGAAGUAUGCCUGCUGAAUUACUUAAACUGUGUACUUUUGUUUUGACACUGAAUAUUUUAAAAAGCAAAUAAUAAAAUAACUAAGCAUUUGAGGAAAGUUUUAAGGAUAAAUUGAGGAAACUGAUUAAUAGAGAUAGCAAGGGACAAUUAAAUAAAUAUUCCCUAUGUAGCAAUAGUGGUUAGAUGAUCGUUGUCUGAACGUAAUUAAACUUUGAAGAGUUUUAGUGUGUCCUUAAAGCCAAGUAUAUGCUUUAACAUCAAAUGGAAGUCAAAUUCCUAAUGCAUAGAUAGAGCUAAAUUGUGUAAUUUAAUGGUAUCUUCUUUGCUGGAUGUGGCAGAAUCCAUACCAGCUUAUCAAUCAACACAGCUAAUUUUAGCCUAGAUCCUUUUAUCUUUCCAUAUGGCAGACGUAAGAAAGUGUUUUUCUACUAUUAAUACUAAAUUAAAACCUUUACUUUUGUAUAAUAAAUUAAAACUCAGAAUAAACCUGUGACCAUGUA